CCAGUUUCCCCGCCCCUUCCAGGUUCCGUGGGAAGCGGCUCUUUUUACGACGCUCAGGCUCCGACUCUGCAGGACCUCAGUAGCGGCGCUCGCGGUUCCCGCCCGGAAGAGGCGGCCGCGGUACCGGCGCACCCAACAUGGCGCGGCCCGGGAAUAAGGCAGCUGUUGUACUGUGUAUGGAUGUGGGCUCCGCCAUGAGUAACUCCCUUCCUGGCGAAGAGUCCCCAUUUGAACUAGCAAGGAAGGUGAUGACCAUGUUUGUGCAGCGACAGGUGUUUGCUGAGAGCAGGGAUGAAAUUGCUUUAGUCCUUUUUGGUACAGAUGGCACUGAGAAUGCCCUUGCUGGUAAGGAUCAGUAUCAGAACAUCACAGUGCACAGACACCUGAUGCUACCAGAUUUUGACUUGCUGGAGGACAUUGAAAGAAAAAUCCAACCAGGUUCCCAACAAGCUGACUUCCUGGAUGCACUCAUUGUGUGCAUGGAUGUGAUUCAACGAGAAACUGUAGGAAAGAAGUUUGAGAAGAGGCAUAUUGAAGUGUUCACUGACCUCAGCAGCCCAUUCAGCAAAGAUCAGCUGGAUGUUAUAAUCCAUAACUUGAAGAAAUUUGGCAUCUCCCUGCAGUUCUUUUUGCCUUUCCCCGUUGGCAAGGAGGAUGGAACUGGGGACAGGGGAGAUGGGAACUCACGCUCAGACCACCAUGGACCCUCCUUUCCUCUAAAAGGAAUUACUGAGCAGCAAAAAGAAGGUAUUCGGAUGGUGAAAAAGGUGAUGAUGUCUUUAGAAGGUGAAGAUGGGCUAGAUGAAAUUUAUUCCUUCAGUGAGAGUCUGAGACAACUGUGUGUCUUUAAGAAAAUUGAGAAGCGUUCGAUUCCUUGGCACUGCACACUGACCAUUGGCUCCAGUUUGUCUAUAAAGAUCGUGGCUUAUAAAUCGAUUAUACAGGAGAGAGUUAAAAAGUCUUGGACCGUUGUGGACGCCAGAACCCUCAAGAAAGAAGAUCUACAGAAAGAAACUGUUUAUUGCUUAAAUGAUGACAAUGAAACAGAGGUCCCGAAGGAAGACACUAUUCAAGGGUUCCGCUAUGGAAGUGAUAUCAUUCCUUUCUCUAAAGUGGAUGAGGAACACAUGAAGUAUAAAUCGGAAGGGAAGUGCUUCUCUGUUUUGGGAUUUUGUAGAUCUUCUCAGGUCCACAGGAGAUAUUUUAUGGGAAAUCAAGUUCUAAAGGUCUUUGCAGAAAACGAUGAUGAGGCAGCAGCAGUGGCACUUUCCUCCCUGAUUCAUGCUUUGGAUGAAUUGGACAUGGUGGCCAUAGUUCGAUAUGCCUAUGACAGAAGAGCUAAUCCUCAAGUUGGCAUGGCGUUUCCUUAUAUCAAGGACACCUAUGAGUGUUUAAUAUAUGUGCAGCUGCCUUUUAUGGAAGACUUGAGACAAUACAUGUUUUCAUCUUUGAAAAAUAAUAAGAAAUACAUUCCUACAGAGGCUCAGUUGAGUGCAGUAGAUGCCCUGAUUGACUCCAUGAGCUUGGUAAAGAAAGGUGACAAGGAGGACACCAUUGAAGACUUGUUUCCAACCAGCAAAAUCCCAAAUCCUCAAUUUCAGAGAUUAUUUCAGUGUCUGCUACACAGAGCUUUACAUCCCCGGGAGCCUCUGCCCCCAAUUCAGCAGCAUAUUUUGAAUAUGCUGGACCCCCCCACUGAGGUGACAGCUCAAUGUCAAAUUCCGCUCUCUAAAAUAAAGACUGUUUUCCCACUGACUGAAGCCAUCAAGAAAAAGGAUCAAGUGACUGCUCAGGACAUUUUCCAAGACAACCAUGAAGAGGGACCCACUUCUAAAAAACUGAAGACUGAGGAAGGGGCGGCUGGCUUUAGCGUCUCCAGCCUGGCUGAAGGCAGCGUCACCAGUGUUGGAAGUGUGAAUCCUGCUGAAAACUUCUGUGUUCUAGUGAGGCAGAAGAAAGCCAGCUUUGAGGAAGCAAGUCGCCAACUAAUAAAUCGCAUUGAGCAGUUUCUAGAAACUAAUGAAACACCGUAUUUUAUGAAGAGCAUGGACUGCAUCACAGUCUUCCGGGAAGAAGCCAUUCAGUUUUCAGAGGAGCAGCGCUUUAACGAUUUCCUGAGAGCCCUUCGAGAGAAAGUAGAAAUGAAACAGUUAAAUCACUUCUGGGAAAUUGUCGUUCAGGAUGGAAUUACUCUGAUCACCAAAGAUGAAGCCCCUGGAAGUUCCGUCACAGCUGAGGAAGCCAAAAAGUUCCUGGAGCCUAAAGAAAAUCCAGAUGAAGACACAGCAGCCGUAUUUGCAGAAGGUGGUGACGUGGAUGAUUUACUGGACUUGAUUUAGGUCAUGGCUGCGUGGGGAAUCUACGAGAGUUGCCAUCGCUGUCACGCUGGGAGCUCUGUCCAGAGGAUGCCCUUCAAGGGGAACAAGAAGCUCUGGAGAUGGUCCCCAUAGGUCAUGUGGAAGUGACUCUCCUAAUUCUCUGGAAUGAAUAUUUACAUAUGUAAGGGAUAAUUUCGAUCCCAUACACGUUUAUAAAGAAUCCUUGUUAUUUUCUCA